AUGAUAAAUGCCCUUAGUGAUGUAUUCCCAAACCAAACACUUACAUAUAUUCAAUCAACAUCUUUUCCUACUCCAGUGGUGAUUAAAGAUGAUAUGAUUAAAAAUCCAGAAGAAUGUAAACGAAUUCAAUUAGAAAGAAAGUUAUUACUUACAAUUUCACAUCCUAAUUUACUUACAUAUUAUUCUAUUGUUCAUUUACCACGGAUUGAUGGAUUACAAGUUACUUCACACAUUGAAUAUAUGGAUCUUCUUGAUUUGUAUACUUUUAUUCAUGGAUUAUCUACACCACCCCCUAUCUCGUUUAUUCGAUAUGCAUUAAUUCAAUUAUUGAAUGGAUUGCAAUAUAUCCGAACAGCUUGUAAGAGUAUAUUAUCAUCAUUAACUCCUUACACUAUCCUUCUUUCUAAUGAUGAUAGUAUGCCUCUUCCACGAAUUAAAAUUUCUAACUUUGUUCAUUCAAUAUCACCAUUUCAACCAUACUAUAAAUUAGCAUUUGCAGCACCAGAAUUAUUAUGGGAUUUACAAUGGGGAACAGUAAAUCGACAUGAGAAACAAGAUGUGUGGAGUUUAGGAAUGAUAUUAUAUUUCAUAAUUACAGGUGACCAUGUAUUUAGAAAAGGAGACAUUAUUAGAGAAUUAAUGGAACACAAAGAAAUAAUAUUUUCAAAUAUUAGUAAUGAUGAAUUAAGAGAAUUAGUAUCAAGAAUGUUAGUUUAUGAUGAAAAUAGAAGAAUAACAUUCCAAGAAUUAAAUAAUCAUAAUUUUAUUAGAGCAUCAAAGUUAUUAAUUUAUUCUAAUGAAGGAAGUCAUCAAUAUAAAUUUAUUCGAGUAAUUGGAGAAGGACAUUUUGGUAAAGUAUAUGAAGCACAAGAAUUAUUUGGAAAAAAAAGAAUGGUUGCAUUAAAAGAAAUUAAAAGCACUAAUGAUAAUCAAGUUUUAAGAGAAAGUAGAAUAAUGAGAAUAUGCAAUCAUCCUAAUUUAGUUAAGAUUUAUGAUUAUUUCACUUCUCCAUAUCCAAUCUUUGUCACAGAAAAUGAUGGGGAUGAAGAAUUAAAUGGAGGAAAUUAUCAUUACAUUGUAAUGGAAAAAUGUGACUGUGAUUUAUUAACAUAUUGCAAAGAACAUUCAUUGAGUGAAAUUCAAAUAUUAGAAAUAUUCAAACAAUUAGUACAAGGUAUUCAUUAUUUAUUACGUGUAGAAAAAAUAUUUCAUAGAGACUUAAAACUAGAAAACUUCUUAUUAAAGAGAGAAAUAAAUGGGAGUGUGGUUGUUAAAAUAUCAGAUUAUGGAUUAAGUAAAAUUGUUGUUGAACAAUCAUUAUUUGAGUCAUGUGUUGGUACUCCACAAUAUAUGGCACCAGAAGUAUCAUUUGUCAAUUUAAAAGGGAAUUAUACAAUUAAUGCAGAUAUGUAUUCUCUUGGAGUAUGUCUUUAUUAUCUUGUUAGUCAACGAUGGCCUCCAAUACAAAAUAAAGACUCAUUAUGGAUUUGUAUUGAUUCUAAUAUUAGUAAUGACUUAGUAUUUCCUGAUGGAUUUAAUAAAGACUUUAUUUAUAUUAUACAACAAAUGCUUGAAAUUGAUGUUAAAAAACGAAUUUCAUGGGAUGAGUUAUUUGUUCAUCCAUUUAUCACUCAAAAGCUUCAAUGUGUUUUUGUUGACAUAAACCAGUUUUUCGUUAAAUCUUUAUUACCACCACCUCAAGCACUUAUUAAUGCCCAAAAAAUAAAAAUUAGUACCCCAAGAGUUCGACAUCAACGAAAUGAUUUUAGUAUGGAAGAAGAUGAUGACAAUGAUGACUUUGAUAAAAUAAUUCAAUGUUUUAAGUCCAAUGAUGAGAUAUUUGAUGAUGACUGGAUAGAGGCAUUAAAUGCAUGUAAAAGAAGAAAUGUAAUAGUUUGUUAG